AUGAUCCCCUGCACCAGCAGGGCUACAAAAAAAGAAAUCAAAAAGGUGUGGACGGAGAAGUUGCUACCGUUUUUGGAGAAUUCGCACGCUGAAAGUGGAGCAAAGGAGCGAUUCCCUCAGGAAAUUGUUAAGAAGUGGAUUAACGAGCCGAUUCAGCCCGAUGGAACAAGCUGCGGUCUUAUGGUUUUGGGAAUGGUCUAUUUGUUUGUGCACAAUGCGCACAGAUUCAAAACGUCAUCGUAUCACUGA